AUGAGCAAGCCCCAAGCAAUCGGAUCCAACUACAGAGUCGCACUCGGUCUCCCAGUCGGUGCUGUCAUGAACAGUGCUGAUAACUCUGGUGCCAAGAACUUGUACGUCAUUGCCGUCAAGGGUAUCAAGGGUCGUCUCAACAGAUUGCCAGCUGCUGGCGUUGGAGACAUGGUCAUGGCCACCGUCAAGAAGGGAAAGCCCGAGCUCAGAAAGAAGGUCUGCACUGGUCUGGUCGUCCGUCAGAGAAAGCAAUGGAGACGCAAGGACGGCACCGUCCUCUACUUUGAGGAUAACGCUGGUGUCACCUGCAACCCAAAGGGUGAGGUCAAGGGUAACAUCCUCGGACCAGUUGCCAAGGAGUGCUCUGAUUUGUGGCCAAAGGUUGCCACCAACGCUGGAACCAUCGUUUAA